UCCUGGAAGGAGACCAAGCCAUCCUGCAGAGAAUCAAGAAGGCCGUGCGGGCCAUCCACAGCUCCGGCCUCGGCCAUGUGGAGAAUGAAGAGCAGUACCGAGAGGCCGUGGAGUCCUUAGGCAACAGUCACCUGUCCCAGAACAGCCAUGAGCUGUCCACAGGCUUCCUGAACUUGGCUGUGUUUACCCGUGAGGUGGCUGCACUUUUCAAGAAUCUGGUUCAGAACCUGAACAACAUUGUCUCUUUCCCCCUGGACAGUCUGAUGAAGGGGCAGCUGAGGGACGGGCGACAGGAUUCCAAAAAGCAGCUGGAGAAGGCUUGGAAGGACUACGAAGCCAAAGUGGCCAGGCUGGAGAAGGAGCGGGAUCGGGCCAGGGUGCCAGGAGGGAGCCCUGGAGAGAUGGCUCAGGACACACAAAGAGAGCGGCGCGUCUUCCAGCUGCACAUGUGUGAGUAUCUGCUCAAAGCUGGGGAGAGCCAGAUGAAGCAAGGGCCUGACUUCCUCCAGAGCCUCAUCAAGUUCUUCCACGCCCAGCACAACUUUUUCCAAGAUGGCUGGAAGGCUGCUCAGAGCCUAUCCCCCUUCAUUGAGAAGCUGGCAGCCUCAGUACACGCACUGCAUCAAGCCCAGGAGGAAGAGCUACAAAAACUGACCCAACUCCGGGACUCUCUCCGAGGGACACUGCAGCUCGAGGGUAGAGAGGGACAGGAGCACCUGGGCCGGAAGAACUCAGGAGGUGGCUACAGCAUCCACCAGCACCAAGGCAACAAGCAAUUUGGGACGGAGAAGGUGGGCUUUCUGUAUAAGAAGAGUGAUGGAAUUCGAAGAGUAUGGCAGAAGAGGAAGUGUGGAGUCAAGUAUGGCUGCCUGACCAUCUCACACAGCACGAUAAACCGGCCCCCAGUGAAGCUGACCCUGCUGACAUGCCAAGUGAGGCCAAACCCUGAGGAGAAAAAGUGCUUUGACCUAGUGACCCACAACAGGACGUACCACUUCCAGGCAGAGGAUGAACAUGAGUGUGAGGCGUGGGUGUCAGUGCUGCAGAACAGCAAGGAUGAAGCCUUAAGCAGCGCAUUCCUUGGAGAACCCAGUGGCGGCCCGGGGUCCUGGGGGAGCACCGGGCAGGACAGCGAGCCCCACGACCUCACGAAGCUGCUCAUCGCUGAGGUGAAGAGCAGGCCCGGGAACAGCCAGUGCUGCGACUGCGGGGCUGCAGACCCCACGUGGCUCAGCACCAACUUGGGCGUGCUCACCUGCAUCCAGUGCUCAGGCGUCCACCGCGAGCUGGGCGUGCGCUUUUCGCGCAUGCAGUCCCUCACCUUGGACCUGCUGGGCCCCUCGGAGUUGUUGCUGGCCUUGAACAUCGGAAACACGAGCUUCAAUGAGGUCAUGGAGGCCCAGCUACCCUCACACGGCGGCCCUAAACCCUCAGCUGAAAGUGACAUGAGCACCCGCAGGGACUACAUUGUGGCCAAGUAUGUGGAACAUAGGUUUGCCCGGAGGUCCACACCUGAGCCCCAGAGACUCCGGACAGCCAUCUGCAACAGGGACCUCCUAUCUAUCCUGGAGGCUUUUGCCAAUGGACAAGACUUUGGACAGCCACUGCCAGGGUCUGACACACAGGUACCUGGAGAGCUCGCCCUGCACUUGGCUGUCAAAGUCACCAACCAGGCCUCCUUGCCUCUUGUGGAUUUCAUCAUCCAGAAUGGUGGGCACCUGGAUGCCAAGGCUACUGAUGGGAACACUGCUCUUCACUAUGCUGCACUGUGCAACCAGCCCGACUGCCUCAAGCUGCUGCUGAAGGGGAGAGCGUCGGUCGGCACAGUGAAUGAGGCAGGAGAGACAGCCCUGGACAUAGCCAGGAAGAAGCAGCACAAGGAGUGUGAGGAGCUGCUGGAGCAGGCCCAGGCUGGGACCCUCACCUUCCCUCUGCACUUGGACUACCCUUGGGGAAUUUCAACAGAGCCUGGCUCUGACAGUGAGGAGGAUGAGGAAGAGAAGCGCUGCCCUCUGAAGCCCCCAGCCCAUGCCCGCUGGGUCAGUGGAAGGCUGGACAUCAGCAACAAGACCUAUGAGACCAUCACCAGCCUGGGAUCAGCUACCCCUCAGAGCCAGAGUGAGGAUUGCCCCCCACCUUUGCCUGUCAAAAACACCUCUCGGACCACAGUCCAAGGAUGUGUGAGACAUGCCAGUGGAGAUCGUUCUGAAGUCCCCAGCCUGAGUUCAGAGACCUCUGAGGCCCCUGAGAGCCUGGGAAGUCCAGCCUCCUCCUCCUCUAGCCUCGCAAGCCCUGUGGAACCUGGGGGGCCCAGCCAACUCCCACCCAGCUCUGAAGAGAGUCUCCGGGAGCCUCCAGGCACUUGCCGCCAUAGCCUGACAUCUGGGACCACCGCUUCAGAAAUGUAUCUCCCUGUCAAGUUUAGCUCCGAGAGCACUCGCUCCUACAGGCGGGGAGGCCGGAGCCUGGAAGAUGGUUCCUCAGCCAGGCAGCCUUUGCCUAGGAGAAACAUGCCGGUUGGCUUCCCAGAAGGAGAUAGUUCAAGGACUGGAGUCCUCCCGACAAGUUCUGUGCAACUUUUGCAAGACUAGCUCCUUGCUGCCCCCUGCAUGCCCCAUGUUGCACGCCGAUGUUCAGAGCUGGGAUUUGAGCUCACAAAACUGGGGAACUGAGGUGUUCAUUCUCGUGGGUUUGCUGUCUGUGUCUCUUGUGCCUCUGUGGCUGGACUUCAUCCUGCCAUAGGCCAUGCCACUGCCCAAAACAGAGGGCCCUUCCAUGUUAGGGGUGAUUGCAAUUCUUUCUGCUCUAUUUCGUUACCUCCUAGGGGCCAGAGAGCCCUGUGGCUAGAUCUGAGUAUGCCUAAGCUGGCUUUGGCUGCAGAAACUUCAGUCCUUCAUCAGGUCAGGACUAUGUUUCUCUCAUCAGUCUAGGGCAGUGGUUCUCAGCCUUCCUAAUGCCACGAUGUAUUUCCAUUGCUAAAAAGGGGUUGCCACCCACAGGUUGAGAACCGCUGGUCUAGGGGCUUCAUAGGAAUAGGACCACCCUCCUUCGUCAUUCACUUCCAGAUCAGAGCCUCUGCCAGACUAGGACUGUCUUCUCUGUCAUUCAGUUGUCCCUUUACUGUCCAGACCUGUGUUAGGUACUUCACAUGCCACACAAAUAAGACAAGGGCCCUGAUGGUGGAAAGCUGGUAUCAAGGUUCCAGCUUGGGAAUGGGCAGGGCCAGAUUCUAAGGGGAUGGUUUCAGGUUCAGGGGCAGGUACAUGUAUAAACCAGGACAAUCAGCUGGUUUAUACCUGCAUGACCACUGCAGUUGUCCUCAGCCUAUAUCCACCUGUACUGCACUGGGUGUUAGAUGAAUGUCAGUCCUUUUGAGGAACAGCACACCCUUCCCUGGGCUCUCUAGAUUAUACUCCCCAGCCAGGUAGUAGAUUAGGACUCACCUACUUUGCCUGUCUCCUUGGUUUAGCAAGAAGGAAAGGAAUGGUCUGGGCUCAUUGACCACUUCUUUUUCUCUUGGUCAACUUAGGAACCUUCUAGUCUGGAGAAGUGAGGGACCAAGAAAGGAGAAUUCUAGAAAUGGGGAAGCAGAGACUUCAAGGUUCUGCUUCCCAAUGCAUGAAAUUUCACCAUUGCUCAGCCCUGAUUAAAAAGCAAAUACAAAGUCCCCGAUUAGAAAGUAAACCUAAGCCAUCAUCAGCCACUAACAUCUCAGCUUUACUGGGUGUUGGACCCUGACAGGGAUGGGUCAGGCUGAGCAGGGAGGCCGGAGAGUGCCAAUGGCCAGUGUGGUGGUCUGGCUGGGGUGGCUGGGCUGUUUACUCUGGAGACCUGACUGCUCUGUGUGUGUUAUCUUUUGAGCCUCCAGUGUCUGCUUUUUGUUCAUCUCAGACUUGUUAUUUCACUCAUCUCUAAUAAAAGAUUUUUGGAUAUAAA